AUGUUAUCUCAAUUUUUUUAUUCUUCUACUAGAUACUGUUAUGAAUUAUUUGUUUCUUUGAAAGAAAUUCAAGUGCAUCUAUCCAUUUUGUCAGUUCAGGUAUGUAAUACUAGUUCCACAAAUUGCAGCCAAGUACAUCACCAAUUACAACCAAUGACACAAAGAACUCCUCGCCUUUUCCAUGUCCUAGAUUACCGUGGAGCUACCAUAGAGGACUUGGACAUCAGACCAGCCAUCUCAAUCAGCCCUUUGACCACUUUGAGAAGGGCUUUCCAGGUUGCGUUUGAGAACGAAUUCACAUUUCUUCCAGUAAUCCUGAACAUCAAUAAGAGACUUCUCGGAGUUUUAAGUGUACUGGAGCUUAGUCCCACGCAGCUCAAAAAGGCCGGGCCAGAUGCCCUUGUCAAGGACCACAUGCUUUGGUUCAGCCAAAAUGCUCGAGAGAAGUAUGCGCAAGAGAUCCAGAACAGUAAAGAUCUCAAUGUCGCCACGCCUCUCAACACAAAGAUUUUCAAACCAAAGCCAACAAGAGGUAAGCAGUAUGAGGUUUUGACGCCCUUAAGUGCGUUGGAAGAUCUUGCCAAGUUUUUCAAUUCAGGCAACUACUUCGCUAUCAUCACAACUGGCGAAGGCAAUUUGGUGUAUGGUGUUGUGACCCCGGAGGAUUUGUCCAAGUACGAGAAAUCUCGUCCUAGGUUGUGA